CUACGAUACGUCAAUUCAGACAACACAUAGAACUUAUCGCUUUAACAUGGCGUAUCAAACUGCAAGUAACAUUAUUUAGUGUAUGACGACAGAAUGUCCCCGAUAUUGCUACCAAUUAUUAUUAAUGAUUAACAUUUAAACAAUUACGCUUUAUAAUUAUGCAUUGUAUUUUCAAAUACCAGUAACAUCUAUAAAGUCGCUUGCAUUGUAUACAAUUCCCGAUAUCGCGUGUUAUGCAAGUUGUAUGAGAGUAAACCAGGGCUCGAGCUGGGCUUCGCCAUUUUCGCCAAUGGCGAAUUUUUUUCAAAUGUGGCGAAAAGAAAUUUGAAUGUGGCGAAAAUCCUUUUUUUUGUAAUAAAAUGGUAUAAAAAAUCAGUGUUCAGUUUUUCGUUUAAAAUAUGCACCUGUUGAUUCAGUCAGAGUGUGUUUAUUUAGUCAUCGCACGCGACCGGAAAUCUCGCGUCGCUUCAGUGCACACAGAGCUCUGGCCAGAUAAUAGCCUCAGGUAAUAUUUGGCUGCAAGACGUCGAUAAUUAUGUAAUCGGGCACGAGACGGUUGUAUACACGGCUUGUGGUCAAUUUUUAAAGCAUUUAAGGUCUCACUCAUUAUACUGUUAUCGUCUCAAUAUUAGUGUCAAAUCGUAACCAGUGCACCGAUCGCUAAAUAAUUGCUUAUAUAAAUGCGUAUAAUAUGUAUACAUCAAUCGUAUCCCGAACAUUUGUAUUUGGAUAACGUUGAAACUAUUUAUUAAAAUUUUCUAUAAUUGGGUUGUGUUUGCUUUUCUCUCAUGAAAUUUAAAAACACUGCAGUCGGUCGUUAUUGACGUGGACAUAUCAACCCAAAUAAUUAAUUUUCUUUGAUGUCCAGUGCGCUACGGUAUAAAUAUGAUAAUCUUGCUUGACCAUGUACCCCAUUUACUUUUGACAUUUGGCUUGUCAAUAUGGGGAAACGUAAACUUGUAGCUUCUGACCCUUGUCAGUCUAAAAUUCAGAAAUUGUCAAUGUUUGGCUUUUCUUCCAAUUCGGGGUCUGAACAUUCAACCCCUCCUGCUCAAGCAUCUAAUUCAGUCCAAAUAGUCAAACCAUCCACUCCAAAAUGUAAAUUUAACAUCAGUUGGAAAUUUAACAGGAACUGGUUGAGAUACGAUUCCAAAUUGGGCUUGAUGUUUUGUGACUUAUGCAUUUCGGCCAACGUUCAGAAUGUUUUCACUGAGGGGUGUAGCAUUAUGAAGAAAGAGAACGUAGACAAACAUGAGAAAGGAACAGGUGCUUAUUAUUUUUUUUACAUACAUUUUUACAUAAUUACCCAAAAAUUAUAUCAUCAAUAAAAAAUUUACAUGCUUUAUAUAAAAUAAAAAAAUUAUUUUUUUUUUUUAUUCAUUAAUUCAGGUGACAAUAGCCACUCAGCAGCCUUAUGCAAGUCAAAAUCUGCAGAAAACAUGGAAGUUGUUAGGCAAAACGCUCUCUCCAAGAGUAAAUCAGCCAUCAUAUCUGCUCUACGCAACACUCAUUUUGCUGCUUCUAAUGAUUUACCAAAUUCCAUGGUUCCCAGAUUAAAUAUAAUCUGUGCAUAUCACAGGGUAGUUCUCAGCUGAAAGAUCUUCGUGUAGAUUCUCACACUACCUACGAGAGCAACAGCAGUGUUCAGGAGUUUCAGCAGUCGUUGUCCGAUGUUGUACUUGAUAGGCUUUUAGAUAGGGUUAGGGCUAGCUCAGUGUUCAGUGUUAUGUUAGAUGAGUCUACAGAUGUAUCAGUUCAUCAGAAUCUUAUAGUUUAUGUCAGGUUUUUAGAGCAGAUAGGUGGUAGGGAAGUUCCAUGUGUAGAGUUUUUAGGCAUUAGGCAGUUGUCAGUAGCAAAUGCAGAGGCAAUUACUUCAGAGUUGUUAGGAAUGCUUAGGGAUAUGGGAUUAGACUUGAGUAGGUUAGGUGGAGUGUCGACAGAUGGGGCCUCUGUGAUGGUAGGAUGUAAGAGUGGUGUUGUUACUAGGCUUAAGGAGUUGUGUCCAGGCAUUUUAGCAACUCAUUGUAUAGCUCAUAGGUUAGCUCUUUCUUGUGGGGAGGCUGCAGAUAAGGUCACAUACUUAGUUAAGUUCCAAGCAGUCUUGAAUGAUUUGUACAAGUAUUUUGAGAGAUCUCCUAAGAACAUGGCUAGGUUAGAGAAGGUUCAGGGAAUUCUAGAGGAUAGUAGGAGCACUAGGCUCAAGCAGGUCUCUAACACUAGGUGGUUAAGUUUUGAGGGUAGUGUUCAGGCAGUUGUAGACAAUUUUCAGAGUGUAGUUGCUGUCAUUUUAGAGGACAAUUCUGCUAAGUCACUAGCUCUCCACAAGCCCAUCUCUUGUUACAAGUUUUUGUAUGUAGCACACUUUUUAGCUGAUGCUUUGAAACCACUAGCCAUGUUGUCAAGGUCUUACCAAAGGUCAGAGUUAGAUUUCACUGAGGUCAAUUGCCUUCUGCACUCAACAGUUCAGGUCUUAGACAAGUUGAUUAGCUACCCUGGGUGUAAUUUGUCUGCCUUUUUGCAGCAUGCUCCUACUGAGCCAACCCUAGAUAAGUCAGGUCUAUUCACAUUUGAGUUUCAAGGUCAUACUGUUAGGGACAGCUUAAGUCAAAGGUCAGAGGCAGUUAGGGCAUGUAGCUCUUUUAUAGAGACAGUUAAGGCUAGUUUGCAGUCUAGGUUUACAGAUAGUGGAGAUGCUAAGAUCUUGUCAGCUCUGAGUAGGUUCUUUGAUCCUCAGUGUUUCUCUGAUAGGACUCCUCCUUCUGAGGAUAUUGAUGUUAUAGCUAAGCAUCUUUCAGUUUGUAAGGUAGGAGAGGUAAGGGAGUGUAGGGUUGAGUUAGGAAAUUUUGUGGAAUUCUGUAGAGCUAGGUUGCAGGCAAAUCCCAAGGCUUUUUUGACUAGUACUGAUGUCUGUCAGGUCGCAUUUAGGGCUAGGGAGUUGUUUCCCAUCGUGGCAGCUGCUGCUGGGCGCCUGAUCACUGCUCCUGUCAGCACAGCAGAUUGUGAGAGAGGCUUCAGCAGGCAGAACUUGAUCAAGACUGAUGUAAGAAGUUGCCUUAAGCCAACAACAUUGGAGAACCUGAUGAGACUGUCCAUCAACAGUGGUAAGGAAGAAAUGGAUUAUGAAGAGGCAUUCAGAAAAUGGUCAUCCCUGAAAGCCAGAAGGAUUUUCCAUGUGAACUUUAACCAGUGAUGAUAUCUGUGAUCAAGUGAAAUGUGAUGUGAAAUGUGUUUGUGCAGUGUUAAUGUAGAGCUGUGUUAAUAUUUCUAAACAUUAGUAUAGUCACUGUAGUGCUUUGUUCUACUGACAGUUUAUUUAUUAUUUAUGUAACACAUGGGUUAUGAUAUGAUAUAUGUUUACAUGUUUUGAUCUGUUAUCUGAAUAAAAUAUAUCAAACAAUUUAUCUUUUUA